AUGGCUUGGCUGCAGUCUGCCCAGGGCUUUGUACGGGCUUUGAAAGCACCGAUCGACCCUCCGCAAGGUGGCGAACCAUACAAGAUCGAAAUCGCUAGGACGGUAUGGGAUACAUCGGACCUUUAUAUCCCUAAAAAGGCACAGAUUAUAUCUGAGUGGCUAUUGACAAAGCUGCUGAAGGACAGAGGGCGUGAACCAUGUCUUAAUCCUGUAGUUGAUGCCCGCUUCUGGCAGCUACUCUCUGAGACUAUGUCUUGUAACACUGGUCAAUCCGCGUCCCAGCAGGCGAAUGCGAAAACUCAGCUUCUUCCCCUGCUAAAUAGAACGCCUCUUGCACCAAUCGUGACUUCGCUCUUCACACUGCUCGAUCUCCCGGACCAGGAAAGGCCAGAGUUAUUGCGACAUGUCCGGAAUUGCUUCGAUGUCCUCUGGCCUCUCGCAGCCCCGAAAUUUACUGCUGAAGCUCUCUUGGAGUGCUGGGCUGCUCUUGUCGCUUUAGUUGUGAAGAAGGAUCAUAUUUUGGAGAAGGAUGGAAAUCUUAUCAGGAUUGGGCUCGUAGUUUGCGAGUCGUAUCGAAAUAGCAUGAACAAUUCGUCUAGUAAGAAGAAGCUGUACCAGACUUUUGUAAAAUCUCAUAUGCCCCAGUGGAUCAAGUGCGCAGUGUGCCUGGAUUCGGCGGCCCCUAUCUCCAGACUGCUGAAGGCUGUCUAUGCUGCUGGCGUGGACACGUUAUUCAAUCUGGAUAUUCUCCGACAUUUUGCAACCAACACAGAAAUGUCGUCUGAUGCACUCUUCAGAGCUCUUAUGGGACUGGUGAAACCAUCCCUGGAAGCGGUUACAGCUGCUGUUCCCGAUCUAUUCCUUUCUUACAGUCAAGCCAUCAAGAAGUACCGCUCCGCGAUCUUCAGCUCUGGUUCCUCAAGCCAGACGAAUCUCACCUUGCUCGAGCAGGUACAAGCCUCUGCUCUGCGCUUCUUUGUCUCGUGCGAAGGCAUUUUAAGGGCAAGUCCCGAGGACUUCCCCGCAGUCUGGAAAGCCAGAGUCCGUCUGCUUGAAGUUAUAGAUCAAGAGGAUUUGUCUGGUCCCGCACAGACGUUCAGAUCUAAUGCGCUGAAGGAUGAAGAAGUGGACCUGAUACAGAAUAAAAUCACCCAGGACGCUGUCGCAAUCCUGGUCGGGAACUCAGGCACAGCCCACUCGGAAGCAAUUGCCCUGAAAAUAAUUCUAGCUGUUCAAUGUCUGAUUGUGCUUGUCAAGAUCGAUGGCGAUAUCUUGUCUCCGUCACUAUCCCGUCUACUUCAAGCGCUUAUGCUUCUUCCUCAGGGACCAGAAGUGCGCGGGCAGAACCAAGGAACCUCCGACCUGGUCGCCGAGAUCGAUACACUUCUAGGCCUGAUCCUGUCGCACCACUCGAAAAAGCGUACUCUGCCGUCCUACCUCGAUACUCUGCUGUUUUCGACCUACGGCCUGGCGCAUACCCGGGCAGUUAUGUUGGACACCCCUCAGGGAAGCGUUUCGAUCCCGCCGGAAUAUACAGCGAUUCACCAAAGCCGUAUAAUGUCGCAAUACCAUCUUGGUCAGGUUUCGAAAGGCUGCCAUGCGUACCUGACACCUUCCCAGAUAGAAGAGGCUGUGGAGUGUAUUCAAGGGAUGCUGAAAAACGGUUUCGAUGCUUUCUGCCGCGCAGUGACCCUCGCCGAGGAAACUACGGAUCAGGAAGGGGACAAGCGGAAGAAGCGCAAGAGCUCAAGCCGCCGAGCUGCUGGGGAAGUCGGACCUUGUCCAGUCGGCGAGAGCAUCGAGCUGGCUACUAUACGGAUCACGCUAGUUACGAAACUCGCCGGUGCUAUCCUGCCUUCUUUGCCCUUGCAGAGCCUCGCGACCGACAGCCGCCAAGCAGUGGUACUCCAGAUCCAUGCUGGGGUGGUACAGGAUGUUAUCCUGCCUGCUGUACGAGCAUUUACUUCUGUGGGCCGUGAGGUGUCCAACGAAGGCAGCCCAAAGAAACGGAAAAAUAGAGAGUCCGCUAAGCACGGAUUGGAGUGGGCAAUGCAGACGGUUGCGGCUGCUGCCCUUCGACUUCAUUACGCCAUCACCUGUGCUAAGCAACUCUCGUCUGGGAUGACCUUCCUGGGAAAUCACAGCGCAGAAGCCGAAGCCGAGAUGAAACAAGCUUUGUUGAAAGCCUUGAGAAAGUAUGCAGAGCCUGAGGUUGCAUGCCAUGCUCCUGAACUUAUCCCAGAAUUGGUACGGACGCUCCUGAAGUUCGGUCAGUUCUCGGAAGAGCCGGAGGCACUUCUGGGGACGAUUUUGCAGUACCUCGAGAACCAGCUGAAGAGUACUGCGAGCUGGAACGGUGCAGCAGCAGAACUAGACUCCCAAGACGCGCGUCAUUCAGGUGCUGUUGCUCUGCUCUACACAUGUGUCGAUAGGUGGCUUGAAGUUUUCGAGCGAUCAGCCUCCGUUCCUCAAAUAGCAAGAUUGAUUGGAGUUUUCGUAAACCUUGCCCUCAGAGGACCGCCAGAAAAUUAUCAAGACAGGAUAGACGCGCAUGACAUCUUAUAUAUUAUGUUACGGGGAGCUGGCUUCUGGGAGAUGCCGAAAUUCAGAGCGGCCCUUUUCCUGCAUAUUGACGAGAUAACCUCUCCGUACGACAGCUUCAACCUAUCAGACCUUCUCUCUCGAUUCCGAGACAAAGGUAUGCCCAGCCAGGAUAUCAAUCGCGACGCUCUCCUGCAAGUCCUCGGCAUCUACAGGCUUCUGCUUCAGAUGCCUCAGGAAUACGUACCACGCCUAGCUCGGGGAGAUAUCAUGAAGAGAGGAGCGAUUCUAGAUAUCAUUGCGACGAUGAACUGGCUGGAGGGGGACAUCGGACUGGGACCAAGCCGUGCAUACAUGGCGAUAGGUAUAUUAUCAAUACGAGCCUUCAUGGUCCGUACUUCCAAGUAUCAGGGUCUCAUCGAUCACGAUGCCUUAGCAGAGAUGGCGGAGUAUCUCCUGCGGACCGGUUAUACGAGUAGCGCAGGCGGAUCCUCUUCGUCAGAAGAUGGGAAGUUAACGUAUCAAUCGGUUACUAUCGACUUGAUCAGGAUGUACAGCAGUACGAUGCUGAAGAGGGCGCAGAAAGGCGACGAUGCACCGCUACUGCGGUUCUUGUCUUCCUCAUCACUCGUGUCUCCUUUCGCUGAAGGCCAGGAAAGGGAGAAUCAUAUUGCCCAACAGAGCCUCCUAUGUAUGAUUGACGACCUGGCGUCUGACUUUUUAGUGGAUGAGUUUUCGCCUCGGAUACAGGCGUCCCUGAGAAGUCUACAUCAAUCACUAGAAUCCACCGUCGCACGUUAUCUAUCUACCUGGACAGCGAAGGGUGCUUCCUUAGCAGAGGGUCGGAUGUAUCUGGAUGCUUGGCGUCGGGCUCUUCGUCUGGGGAGUUGGCUCAAGUCAGAUGCUGCGGGCAGUUCUCUAGGCCAGAACUUGAUCGCCAAGGUGUCGCCGUCCCUCUGCAAGGUCAACGGGAAAGAAAUCGCGCAUCUGAGCCUUGUUUGUGGAUCGGUGAUACAUGUUAUGCACGAAGAGUAUCGCUCCAUUCCAGAUAUCGACCGACUUUCGCAAGCCGAAGUGGCAACAGCUUUCUAUUUAAUGGCUGCUACCGCUCUCGACCAUGUAAUAGUCGACGAGCCUAUGAGCAAGUUCUGCAAAACUCUUUCAGGCAGCGAUUUUACUUCCACUCUGGACCUGAUAUCGGAGUUCGUCACGGCCAGAACAAGCUCGCCUCGCGAUUUAGAGUGUCUGAUACACCUGUCUACUUUAUUCCUCCGAGACUCUCCGGAAGGGACGCUAAAGGUGACGCAGAACUUUGUAACGCGCUGCCUAUACGCUUUCACAAAUCACGCCAUAUUCUACACUGGCCCUCAGACUCUCCGGCUGGCUGUACUGGCGUUCAUAUCAAGGCAUCUCUCGGAGCGGCCUGCCGCUGCCCGGGGUGAGGAUGUCAAUAGCAUAUGGGCCCUUAUGUCACAAUUCCUGUCUGGCUCCGACCGCCAUGACGAAGAGACAAGUGAAGCCAUAUUUCAGCAACUCGUCAAUAUUCUCAGCGCGCUAGUCCGUUUGCGCCGGGACCUCUUACUUCCCACCUUACCGCACCUUGGCUUUGUCAUGAGGCAGCUCAUCAGGGCGACUCGGAGGAUACGGCCACACCUGGGCGGGAAGCAAUCGAAGCUAGUUGCUGAUUCACUUCCGAUGUGGAUAAAUGUUGCGCAGCCUCUGUCUACUGACGCCAGCAAAGUUCUGGGGCGACUGCUCACUUCUUUGGGAGCUAAGACGGUUGUGCGCACUCAUGGGAACCCUCCAGAGACUCAUAAAGCCGAAUCUCUCAUGAAGCCAUUUUCCAAGCACGCUGCCUACGUGCUCCAGGCCUAUAUCGAGACGAUGAACGACCCACUGUGUCUGAUGCCGUUAGAGGUUCGGAAGGAAUUGCAGCCUGGGUUGUUCACGCUAUGCGAUAUGCUCAGCGAUUAUACUCGAGAUGCGAUGAUGGUUUCUGCCCUAGACGCUGGGGGGAAGGCUACGAUGAAGGUGUUGUGGAAGGAGUACGAAAAGCAGAAGUAUACCGGAAAGGGUUAA